UAAUGGUCUUUGAGGGCAGAGAAGAUGGCAGCAUUGGUCCCAGGUGUUCUUAUCAAACUACUCCAGUACAUGACCACAGAUGUAAAGAUUGCUGGCGAGCAUCGCUCCUGUCUUCUUCAGGUUGUCAGCAUAGUUCCUGCACUUUCUGGUGGUGAACUUUUCCCCAAUAAAGGAUUUUAUCUCAAGGUCUCUGAUUCCCGCCAUGCUACUUUCGUUUCUCUUCCCGAUGAGCACGAUGACCUGAUCUUGAGUGAUAAGAUACAACUUGGUCAGUUUAUCUAUGUUGAUCGACUGGAGGCAGCUUCUCCAGUGCCCGUGAUUCGUGGCGUAAGGCCGGUCCCGGGACGCCGUCCUUGUGCAGGAAACCCUGAGGAUAUUGUGGACACUCGUAGUUUCCUUAAUGGCCCUAUGGGUGCUGUUAACCCUCCAUCGGCUAAGGAUAAAAGCAUCUUGGCGAAGGUAAAUGGAAUUUCGAAAGUUGAAGAAUUAGCGAAGAAGGAAGCAUCUCUUAGAAUGUCCACUUCUUCACCGUCGAAACAGUAUCUGCGUAAUACUGUGGAGAAGAAGCAAACAUGUUAUGAGAGGUCAAGCUCAAUGAGUUCAAGAUCAAUCUCGUCGUCUUCUACAAGCUCCCAGUCUAUUCCGGUAACAUUUGAAAAACUUCCCAAUGGAGUUAAGCAGCUUGCAAAUGUUAAAGGGGCGGAUAAGUCAUCUAAUCCAAGAAUGAACUUGUUGGAGAGAGGAACAUCUGCUCAGAAGGCAACUGGUACUGGAAGGAAGCCAUCUGUUGCAAAUUCAGUAGGAAAUCUGAAGCCAGGGAUUGAGCUGGGGCCUAAAGAUUCGAGAAAGGGUUGGGAAGAGGGGAGUAGUGUGGAAACAAAGGGAAGGGGUGAGGCAAAUCCUAAGUCGUCCAAGAUUGAAAAGAAAACUGAAGUAUGUAGCUCUUCGCAUCCUCAAAGAAAAUCAUCAUCAGUUGAGAGGCUGUUGCCUAAAGAAGAAAGUAAGGCUUUAAGGCCCCUGAAAAAAGGCAAUCUAAAUGCUUUGGAGAAUGUUGACAUGUCAAAGAAGCAACGAGCUUCCUCUCUAAAAACAAUGUCCGAAGCCGUUAAUACUAACAAUAUUUCCUCUGGUAAUCUUGUAAAGGUUUUUCCCAAUAGCAGGAGGAUGACAGACGGAAGCAUUUCUUGGUCAUCUCUCCCUCCAACUCUGGUGAACCUUGGAAAGGAUGUGCUCAAGUUUAGGGAUGCUGCACAACAAGCUGCUAUUGAGGCACUGCAAGAGGCAUCUGCAGCAGAAAGCUUAGUUCGGUGCUUAAGUACUUACGCAGAGAUAAUUUCCACAACAAAGGAGGACAGGGGCAAUCCGCAGCAGGCUGUUGAUCAGUUCCUCACCCUCCAUGCUAACCUAACCACCGCUGGCCUCGUCUCCAGCUCCCUGCACAAGACCACCGGCAUUGCCGCCACCACAGGCGACUCAACCCGCUCCCCGAUCACAGAUGACACACACCGCAUUUCCAAUGAUCAUCGCCACCGCGCGGCCGCUUGGGUCCUCGCCGCCCUCGCAACCGAUCUCUCAUCCUUCACUCUAUACUCCCACAAAUCUAAGUCCCCCUUCUCUGUCCCCACCUCGCCGCCGGUAAUGGUCACACUAGACAACCUUGCCAACGUUUUACCCCAAAUGAAUGCGAACCCAGCCGCUCAGACGAAGCCGCGAGGGAAGUCUGCAAAGCAGCGGGCGAUUGUGGGAACAGCAAGGCGGUGGGAGAGGGGGGUUGGGGUGGAGGAGGGAGUGGAGCUGGCGAGAGCACUGGAUGAGGAGGCUAAGAACUGGUUCAUGGGAUUUGUGGAAAGGUUUCUGGAUGAUGAAGCCUAUGGAACUGCUGCGCAGCAGCCGUGGGAUCGGGAUGUCGUGGCCGGAAUGCUUUCUCAGCUUAAGAAGGUGAAUGAUUGGCUCAAUGUGGCGAAGAGGGGAGAUGGAGUUGAUGACGGUGGUGCGCCGCCGGAGACGGUUGACGGGUUGCGGAAGAAGAUAUAUGAUUAUUUGUUGACGCAUGUGGAGAUCGCUGCGGUGGCGCUUGGUGGGGGUGGAAGUGCCGGCGGGAGUGCGGCGGUGGUGGCGGGUGAAAUUCUGGGAAGAAAGGGUUGAGUGAAGCUAAGAUCUAAGGUGCAGGAAUUUAUUUUGUUUUUGGGGUGAGAUGGUAUUAUAUAUAGAUUUUGUUUCCUACUAUUUUUUUGUCUCAGAAAAGCAUAGAUUUCAUGUUUAACGGUCUGUUUGGGGCAGCUUAUAAGCGCGGGCAUCGUUUUUAACGUACUGUUUGGUUCACGCGUUUCAUCAGCUUAUCUGAAACUGUGUUUGAGUUUUUACACUAAACGCAGGCUGCGGGUCGACCCCUGCGGCCAGCCUGCAGGUCGCGUUUCAGAAUAAACAGCUUAUCCUGAAACACACAAGCUGCUCCUAACGGACCCUAAGAAUAGUUGCAAAG